AGGCCGGCAGUCAUGGCCGACGCGUAUUCUUAUCCUCUGCUCGUUGAGCUCGAAGAAAACAACAUACCGAGAUUAAAAAUUAAAUUAGUCAAAUACUUUCAAAGUAAGAAAUCCAACGGUGGCGACUGUGAAGUUGACUAUAAAAAUGGCAGCAGGACAGCGGUGCUGCGCUUCCGCAAAGAGGAGGAUCAGCAAAAUGUUUUGGGGAAGGAGACGCAUCAGAUCAGUUUGGAUAAAGGCGUCCUGAAGAUGACAGUCCGUUUACCUCCCGAUGAGAAAACAGCGCAGGAGGCUCCAUCUGAUAAACUCAACAAGAAAUCGGAUGUUGCUGUGCACAACAAACAGUCAAGUGCUGAGGAACUCAAACCUGCACCUGAAGUUCAGAUAGAAGCAAAAGGUGGAGACGAUGACGCAGCAGAUGAAGAGCCCUGCUCCACCUCGGCUGUUAUAGGAAAUAUUCCAGAGACGUUAAGUCAGGAGUUUUUGGAGAUGCUGGUGGAGAAUGUUUUAAAGAAUCUUGAUUCUCCAUCAGCCCCACCGGGGUUCACCCUGGAAUUCAUUCCUGGCAUCUCCUCUGCUGUGGUUACUUUCCAGAGUGGAAAAGAAAACACUGACUUUGUGAUAAGAUGCCCUCAAAACAGGAUGUUCACCAAUAAGGGCUUAUCAGUCCGGCCUCUUGAGGUCACAGAGCAAGUCGCAGUUGAAGACAUAGGAGAUCUGAAUGAAGAUCUCCUUCUGCUGUAUUUUGAGAAUGAAGUUGGAAAUGUGGAAAACGUCACGCUUAAUGAAGUGGAAGAGUGUGCUGUCAUCACCUUCACAGACCACAAAGCUGUUCAGAAAAUAAUGAAGAAGAAGCAUUGCAUCAAAAAGAAAGAGAUCAGAGUUUAUCCUCUUUAUAAAUCUUUGGGAACAGCCCUCUAUGGCAAAGACAAGCCUUCAGUAAAACUCCCUGCUGCCAUCUCUGAACCCAUGGACAAUGUUGUCUGGAGAUACCUAAAAGACAAUCAAUCAGCAGCAGAGACUAUUCACAGUGACUUAGCUAAACACUUCUGUAAAGUAAACCUCAGCCAACCCACUGUUAGCUUGAGUCCUGUAUCUUCACUGCUUCAGCUAAAGGAUGCCAAAGCCAUCAUCAAAGAGUGGAAGGCUACUGUGAGUUCAGCCUUUGCACAAGCUAUAUCAAAAUUCAAAUCCCUGAAGUUUCCACUAGAGUCUGAGGUGUGGGAAGAGACUGAGGAGAACAUCAGACAGAUGCUAAAGAAUGAGGAUGUAGUUGUAGUGACUGAUAAAGCCAGUGGUGUCUUGUCAGUGGUCGGCCUUGUGGGUGAUGUCAACAGACUUGAGCAAACUCUUCCUGAAGUUGUAAAUAAGAUUGUCAAAAGGAUACAGAGAGAAAAAGCAUGCAUAACCCAAGUGAUCCAGGUGUCACCAUCAAUGUUCCACAUCCUGUGUCAAGACGGCCUUCAGGACAAGUUGCUACAAGUGUAUCCAGAACUCAAAAUGUCAUUCAGAAAAGACAGUCCGGAUUUGACAGUAACUGGCUUAAGUGAGGAAAUUCUGGCAGCACGAAAAGUUGUAUUUGAUGCAAUGUUUGCACUGAAACAACGGAAGUUAGAACUAGAUAACUUUGUGCUUGACUUGUUGAAGAAUGAAGACCCAGAGGAGCUUACAAAAGCUCUCCUCACAUCUAAGGGAAUAAAUGCAGCAUUUGAGAUCAAUGCACAAAGGAUACAGCUCUUUGCUGCUUCAGACAGAGAUCUGAUUGAUGCUGAAGACCAUCUGAGAAACCUGCUAAUAUCCCAACACGUUGAUGUUGAAGAUAGUAAUGUCCUGAAGAAACCAGAGUGGCAGCAACUGGUUAGUCAGUUAGAGGAUGCCAACAGUAAGUCAUGCAGGAGACUUAAAAUCCACGCCACUGGCCAACAAGUCGUGGUGUCUGGCCACAAGGAUAGUGUCAUAAAAGUUAGCCAUGAGUUUGAUGUCUUCUUAACGCAGAACGCUCAAAUUGAAGAAACUGUUGUGGUCAAGCCCAACACCAUAGUUGAGUACAUUAAAAAAAUCAACACAUCUUGUAUGCAGGUAGUGGAAGACAAAGUGGAGGUGUCUUACAGAAAGGAGGCCAUCUGUCUAUGUGGUUCUAGAGUUGAUGUCACAGAUUGUAAGGAUUUGGUUGAAGACUUGGUCAGUACUUUGUUCUUUGAAAGUUUAAACAUCUCUAAGCCUGGAGUGAAGAAAUUCUUCAAGGACAAAGAAACAAUGUAUGUUUCCUCACUGUGGAGUGAAACUCACUGCUUGGUGCAACUGGUUGAUGAGACGAGUGGUGGACAUGUUGACUUGGGCCAGAGGCAAGGACCAAAACCUGUGUAUCAGCUUCAGACACCUGAUGGAGUGGAAAUAGCUGUUUGCAAGGCAGAUAUGUGCAGCUACCCAGUGAAUGCAGUUGUCAAUGCCUCUAAUCAGGACUUGAAACAUAAUGGAGGUCUUGCAGGAGCACUUUUGAGCGCUGCAGGUCCUCAGUUGCAGGUUGAAUGUGACCAGAUAGUUAACUCAAGGGGACAGCUCAAACCAGGAGACUGUGUCAUAACUAAUGCUGGGGGGAAGCUUUGUUGCAAAUACGUUAUCCAUGCAGUGGGACCCAAGUUUGAUCCAGCGAAAACCUCCAAGGUUCUGGCACAGUUGAAAAAAGCUGUUAAAGGAAGUUUAGAACUUGCUGAACAGCGCAGCUGCAUCUCUGUGGCUCUGCCUGCCAUUAGCAGAAGCCAAGGCUUUAAUCUCAGUUUGUGUGCAGCAACCAUUGUCAAAGCAGUAAAGGAGUACUGCGAUGAGAAGUAUGAUGACAGCACCUUAAAGAAGAUCCAUUUGGUGAACAAUGACGACACUGUUGUUAAGGCCAUGGAUGCAGCUGUCAGACAAGAGUUUGGAAAUCACGGCGUCAGCCAUUCUCAACAAACUCCUCAUACCAAAGCCACUAAGUCUCCAUUUUUGAAACAUGUUGCAUCUGCUGGAUCUGACCCAAACUGUUUGGGUCAAGUGAAGACCAAAGAGGGCUUGGAAAUCAUUCUAACCAAAGGAAACAUCGAGAAUGCCAAGACGGAGGUGACUGUCAAUACAGUGUUUGAAGAUCUUGCACUGAACAGAGGGGCAGUUUCAAGUGCCAUCUUGGGUGUGGCUGGGCCCAAACUUCAGCAGUUGGUAACUGCACAGAAAGCCAGUGCUAAUCUUGGUGAGGUCAUCGUUACUGACGGCUGCAAGCUGAAGAGCAAACAAGUCUUUCAUGCAGUCGCACCUCACUGGGACAAAGGGCAAGGCACAUCUGAAAAGACCUUGAGUUCCAUUUUCAAGGACUGCUUAGAAAAGGUAGAGGCUGCUGGUCUGGCUUCCAUAUCCUUCCCUGCCAUUGGCACUGGAAACCUGGGUUUCCCAAGGGACCUCGUGUUCUCUUUGAUAUCAAAUGAAAUCUCAGCAUUCAGCAGUAACAAACAACCCAAGCACCUGAAGAAGGUUGUUAUCAUCCUUUUCCCAGGAGAUGCACAGACUAUCCAGAUUUUUAGUGAUGAAUUUAAGAAGAUGUACCCCAAUGCGUCAGGUGCUCCAGUGUCCACGAGCUCUCCACAAAGUACAGGUCCCUUCUCUAAAGUUGUCUCGGGCUCAGGAAUAUAUGAGACCAAAAUGGGAGCUGUGGCUAUACAGGUGGUCACAGGAGACAUAACCAAGGAGACCGUUGAUAUUAUUGUCAACUCCUCCAAUGAAACUUUCUCUCUUAAGUCAGGAGUAUCUAAGGCUAUUCUGGAUGCAGCUGGUCAGGCUGUUGAAACAGAAUGCCAAAACCUUGGUAAGGAACCAACCUCAGGCAUGAUAAUGACCCAACCAGGUAACCUAAAGUGCAAGAAGAUCCUCCACCUGGUCGGACAGACAGACCCAAUAAAAAUCAAUAAGGUUGUGAAAGAUGCUCUCCAAAUGUGUAUGACAAACUCAUACACUUCUGUCUCAUUCCCUGCCAUUGGCACAGGUCAAGGCAACGUAAAAGCACAGCAGGUGGCAGAUGCCAUGUUGGACGCAGUGAUUGAUGUGUUGAGUCAAAAUACUUCUGGCUCCCUCAAAACAAUUCGGAUAGUUAUUUUCCAACCACCGAUGCUGAAAGACUUCUACAACAGUAUGCAGCAGAGAGAACAAGGAGAUGUCACUGAUCCUAAGGAUAAAAGUGGGUUCUGGGGAAACAUUGGCACCAAAAUCAAAUCAUUCUUUGUUGGUGGAAGUGUUAACAAGCCACAGAAAGAAGGGGAUUUUGUCAUUGAGCCGCUGAAAGUAGACCCAGCUUGCUUCCACAUCUGCAGUGACUCACAGGCUAACGUGGACUCAGCCAAGCAGUGGAUCAAUGACCUGAUAACAAAAGAACUAAACACCCUCACAAUUCCAGACAAUGCCAUCCUUAGCCUCUCUGAUGCGGACCACCAGCGCAUUGUCGACAUCCAGAAGACCAUGGGCGUGAGCAUAAAGACUGAGAGCAAGAUGGCUCAAGCCUCAUUCACCAUUGAGGGACUAAGCAAGGAUGUGCUCCAAGCCACCACUGAAAUCCACAAGAUGCUGACCAAGGUGAAAGAUGAGGAGGAGCUGAAGAGGAACGUGGAGCUGGCAAGCACGGUGGCAGACUGGCAGUACCAGCAGAAGGGUCUUCAGUUUCAGAGUUUUGACGCAAUGACCAACUUUAAACUUGAGCAAGCACUGGACAAGAAGCUACCGAAUGUCACAGUUACAGUUCAGGGUCAGGUCUACACUGUCACCAUGCCAAGUGGACCUGCCACUGACGGCAAGGGACAAACCCUGCAGAUAAAGAGAGUCGACAGACUGAAAGAUGAAGACAUACCUGAGCAUUGGAAUCCAAUGCCAGCCAACACUCCAUGUCUGGCUGUCCCCAUCAAUGCUGGAACAACAGAGUACAAUGAAAUCCUGAAGAUGUUCCAGGCCUCAUGCAAUCGAACUGUUAUUACGAUUGAGAGGAUCCAGAAUCCUGUACUGUGGAAGAGCCUGCAGAUCAAAAAGCGUGACAUGGAGCAGAGAAAUGGUCAUCAAAACAAUGAGAAACGUCUCUUCCAUGGCACCUGCUACACCACUGUGAACCUCAUCAAUGAACAUGGCUUCAACAGGAGUUACGCAGGAAAGAACGCUACUGCCCUUGGCCAUGGCACAUACUUUGCUGUCAACGCUAGUUACUCUGCCAGUAACACCUACUCCAGGCCGAAUCAAAACCAGGAGAAGUUCAUGUACCUCUGCCGGGUGCUGACGGGGGAUUACACUGUAGGACAAUCAAACAUGAUUGUACCGCCAGCCAAGGGCCCCAGCACCACUCAGAAGUAUGACAGCGUCGUGGACAAUCAGGCCAAUCCCAGCAUGUACGUUAUCUUCCACGACAGCCAGGCUUGUCCUGAAUAUUUGAUCAAAUUCAAGUGACGCAACUAUGCACUGAGAUAACAGAAACAAUUUACUUGCAUUUUACACUGCCUCACAAAAUUAAGGAACUGUUUUUAUCAUCAGCUGAUUAAUGUUAUUGAUUUCCCAUCUACUUAACAGUGUAAGUCUUUUCUUGUUUACAUGUAGUCAGUAAUACUCAAGGGUCAGAUACUAGUAAUCACACCCAUGUAGUGCCUUGAAAAUGUCUGAUCAUACAAGAAGAAAUUUAACACUGGAAAGAAAAGGUGGCCUGUAUGUUAUGUACUGUUUAAUUGCACAAAACAUUGUACCCAGAGCUUAGAGGCUGAUGGAAAGUCAUCCAGGAAAUCCUGUGAUAACUAAAGCCUGUCUUUGUCUGCAUGUGUAAAUCAGGUUAACAAUCACUUUUGGUUUUGAAAGGAAAAAUGAAAGUUAACUGCUGUUCCUGUAAACAAGUGAAAAAAUAAAGGUUUACAUAAACACACUAAUAA